GUAAGCAUGUCACAAUUUGUCAGAAAAUAAAAUUAAAAAUCACGGUCAAUUAUCCGAAAAUCAAAACCCUCUAAUUUCACCCAGAAAUGGCGGCUGAAACUGCACACUUCCACCGUUACAACGGUUGUAGUCGCCGGAGAUACGUCGCCGGAAUAAGAAACCACCGCCGCCUGCUACUUCUAGCUGCAGCUUCUUCUCAACCGAUGGAUAUACACACCAGCAAUUCCUACAAACAACUCGGUAUGUUUUCACUGAGAAAGAAGAUAGAAGAUUCUGUUAAUCGUGCGGAGAUGGUGAGUCUAACCGCGUUGGAGUUUGAAGAAGCGCGACGGAUCAAACAGGAAGAGAUGAUUCGGGAAUAUGAUUUGUGGGAUGAUUUAGCCAAGUCUAGUGAUGUCCUGAUCAAGUUGGCUGAUAGUGCUAAGGUGGUUGAUGCUCUUAAAGACCUUACAUAUAAGGUUGAAGAAGCUAAACUAAUCACAGAGUUAGCUGAGAUGGACAUCAUAAAUUACGCGCUUCUUAAGCAAGCAUAUACCACAUCCGUAGAUGUGAGCAAGUUUUUAAACAAGUACGAAAUGUCCAAACUUCUUAAAGGAAAAUAUGAAUUUGAGGGAGCUUGCAUCAUAAUAGAAGCGGGAUCCGAAGGCAUUCGAUCCGAGAUAUGGGCAGAACAACUUGUUGGAAUGUACAUGAAAUGGGCUAAGAAGCAAGGUCUAAAGGGAAGAAUAGUUGAGAAACGAUGUCGGUCCAAAGCAGAAGGGGGCAUCAAGUCGGUUAUUAUCGAGUUUGAACAAAAGUAUGCUUACGGUUACUUUUUAGGGGAAAAGGGUACUCACCGAAUGAUAACCUCUCAUCCCGAAUCCUUAUCUGAGGUUAGCUCAGCUGCUGUUGAUGUUGUACCUUUGUUUCUUGAAGAAACUUCGGAGUUAAACGUUGAUGAGAAAGACUUGAAGAUCAACUACGUCCCGUUAUGUGAAAAUGGUCGAGGUCGAAGAGGGUCAAUAGUUCAAAUCCAACACUCUCCAACCGGCUUGACGGUUCACUCAUCAGGGGAGAGGAACCAAUUUUCAAACAAAAUGAAAGCGCUUAAUCGGUUGAAGGCGAAGCUGCUAGUAAUAUUAAAUGAUCAAGGAGUCUCCAGUAUUACCGAUAUAAAAAAGGACUGUGUUAUUGACCAUUGGCACCAAGAAACGAGAAGGUAUGUGUUUCGUCCAUACAAGCUUGUUCAAGAUGUAAAAACUGGGAUUCAGCUGGCUGACCCGAAUUUCGUUUUAAGUGGGAAUCUUGACCCGUUUAUUAGCGCUCAUAUAAACAAUAGACAUGUGUCCGAGUUGGGAUAAAAGUUGUGUGUGUGCAUGCAUAUAUGAUGACCCUCUGAUUUUUGAAGAUAUUGAUAUGUACUUUGUGAGGGUUUUCAUUUGUGAAAUUUUGAUCGACCCAUGAUAUCUUCAACUAGUAUGUUUCUUUGAA